AUGAUAUCUUUCCGCCAUGGCUGGGAAAUCUACCUUCACCUCCUUCUAUCGAACGGUAUCAAAAAAAUAAAUCUCAUCUGCAGCCCCGCCUUAAAAUCCAAGUUCUUCACUCUAUUCGCUGCCUCCGGCCAGCUGGGCAAAAGCCGUUGGGCUUCCGGCGUCGGGUUGAGGACGCGGGCCGGGUUCCUUGUGGUGUCGAGGGGUUUUGAGCCUGGGAAUUUUGCGCUAAAGACUUGCUCGGCAGCAUUGGAUUUGUGGAACGGUAGAGCUGCGCAUGGACGGAUUGUGAAAGGCGAGCGAGAAUCCCGAUCAGGGGUGGGGUCUUUAUGAGAGACCAAGGCCUUUGAAACUAUCAGGAAACUGCAGAGGGAGAAUGUGGUGUUCACAUGGGAAAUGAGGGUCUAGUUUGUCUGUGGGCACAGUGAGAGGCUUUUGGCGGUAUUACCUCAAUUUAUACGAGAAAUGGAUUGUCGAUCAGAAAUACAAAGAACCGGGUAACACAUGUUGAGAUGGAUUUGGAGAAAGAUUAUCCGGAGAGACACAAACCUUCUUCAUAAUUUUGAAAGGGAAACUGCUCUUGCCGUGAAUGUUGGAGAUAGCGGUUUUGUUCGCGAGAAACCAUCUGUAAGUGUAAAGCUAUCUGAUUGAAAAUAUGAUCUGCUUAGCAAAAGUUUGUGUUUGAUAUUAAUAAGGACGACUCAUUUAUCUUAUCGUAAUUCAUUAUGAUGUUUGUAUCUAAAACUUGCGCUUUUAGGAGGAGCAAUUUAAAAAAGUAAAA